CUUCCUGGGGCACCAUGCAUAACCUCGAAAGAUUCCCAUCGUCGCCAAAGCUUCCACGAGUCUAAUCUUUAUACUUCCAAUAACAACGUGCAUUUUCAACGGCCAACGAUGUUUGAUCAGACGAUUUACAUACUUUCUGUGAGCUUGAACCCAGAAAUGGCGAAAGACCUCGUUGCCAUUCUCGUCAAUGAGCUGCAUCCGCGGUACAAACUUGUCCAUUUAGCAAAUACGAAUGCUAUAUAUGGUCUCGGGGCUUUGCUGGAGUCAUUGGUGGUCGUUCCACAUAUAUUGAUAUGCUCAAGUCAGUGGACACUUGACCAGCAGAGUUUGAUACAAGGAAUUGCGAAUGAGAUGUGUCCUGGGAUCAAGACAGUUGCCGUUCCUCCAGGACUGAGUGCCGUUAAGGGAACUACAGCUGCUGUAGGAUUUGUGCGGGAAGAGAUACUGAGCAUGGGAUUAUCAGCGAGCAACUGAAUAUGACGACUGAAGCAAGAGCAGCACGAGGGAAAAGCUGCUAUAGUUUCGCUUUGUUCCUUUUGAAUAGUCUCGGAUGGUUGGUAAUUCAAACAGAAGCAGAAGAGAUGAGCUCAAGAACGUGUACCUUGUAGAAACGAUCGAGUAGCAAGUUAGCAUUUCAAUACUUCGUGGAUGCUAUUAAGAAAUAUCAUUGCUGACGUAGAGCGGACAAGCAAGUCUUUGACGGAGAUGCUCUCUGUACGGAGCUAUGCAGGGUGCGCGAGCGAAAAUGCUGAGUCCACUGACUCCACAACGUAUGAG